CGCAUGCGCUUCUCGCGAUCCCGGCGCAUCGAUCGCUCUAGGAGCGGCUCUCCGGCCUGCGCCUCCACGGCGUGACGGCGGCCAUCUCGGCGGGAGGAGGCGCGUCUGGGGCCGGCCUAGAGCAUGGACAUCAGGCCCAACCACACCAUUUACAUCAACAACAUCAAUGACAAGAUUAAGAAAGAAGAAUUGAAGAGGUCCUUGUAUGCAUUGUUCUCCCAGUUUGGUCAUGUGGUUGACAUUGUGGCUUUGAAGACUAUGAAAAUGAGAGGACAAGCUUUUGUUAUAUUUAAAGAAUUAGGAUCAUCUACCAAUGCUCUGAGACAACUGCAAGGCUUUCCAUUUUAUGGGAAACCAAUGCGUAUUCAGUAUGCCAAAACAGACUCUGAUAUCAUCUCUAAAAUGCGUGGUACUUUUGCUGACAAGGAGAAGAGGAAGGAAAAGAAGAAGGCCAAGUCUCUGGAGCAGUCAGCUAAUGCAGCAAAUAAAAAGAUAAUUCAGGGAGCAACACAAAAUUCAACCAGUGCCCCUGGGACUUCACCGCAGAAUCAGCAGGUGCCUGAUAACCCACCAAACUAUAUUCUUUUCCUUAAUAACCUGCCUGAGGAAACAAAUGAGAUGAUGCUGUCCAUGUUAUUCAACCAGUUUCCUGGAUUCAAAGAAGUACGCUUAGUGCCUGGGCGCCAUGACAUUGCAUUUGUGGAGUUUGAAAAUGAAUGUCAAGCAGGAGCUGCUCGAGACGCUCUCCAAGGAUUCAAGAUAACUCCGUCUCAUGCCAUGAAAAUCACUUAUGCUAAGAAAUAACCAGACACUCUUUGGAAGUCUUCGUAUUGAUUUUUUUUUUUCCUAUUUUAAUAUGAUGGUACAGCAUGCUUUCUGUCCUGUGCAGAAAGGAUAAGACUGUUGUGUAAAAUCGCUGCAGCUGUCAGCACAAUUGCAGGACUUCCAUGGAUCUAUUGAAUAGUAAUUUUUUUGUGCUAAAAUACUAAUUUUUAUAAAAUAAAUUCAGCUUAUGCUGUUCUCAAA